CACCUCAAAAUGAAAUGAAAAUAAGAACUGAACUCCUUCCGAUCCUCACAGUUUUCGGACUCUUUUCCUUUUCCCUCUUCAUCUUACUCCAAUCCUUCUCGUCUCUCAUGGCCUCCACCACCCCAGAAAAGCACGUCUACUCCGUCUGGGCGCUUCCACCGGAGGACGUGGCCCCCAGGCUGCAGAAACUCAUGGAGGGCCUCCGCGCCGAGUUUACCGGGCCCUACUUCGACCCCCACAUCACCGUCGUGGGGGCCAUCACUUUGACCCCCGAAGACGCCCUCAACAAGUUUGAAACGGCCUCGAAGGCCGUGAAGGCUUACGAGGCCAAAGUUGAGAGGGUCGCAACUGGAACUUUCUUUUACCAGUGUGUGUUCCUCCUCAUCAAUCCCACUCCUCAGGUGGUGGAAGCUAGUACAAGCUGCUGUGGGCAUUUUGGUUACAAUAACUCAACUCCUUAUAUGCCACAUUUGAGCAUCCUUUACGCAGAUCUGAGUGAUGAAGACAAGAAAAAAGCUCAAGAGAAAGCCAACAUUCUGGAUGAGAGCAUCACUAGUCUGAGCUUCGCUGUUACUCGCCUUGCAUUGUACAAAACCGACACUGAAGAUAAAACUCUCAAAUCUUGGGAGAAGAUUGCUGAGUGCACCCUCCAACCCAAUUAGGAUUCUCUAGUCUUGAUGUUUGUUUUCAACUUGUAAUGAAACUCCGUCCAAAUUUCCCUGUCAACUCUAAUGUGUAAAGUUGAAGUUUUAAUGUAAUGUCAAAGCUCAAAGCUGUCACUAACAGCAGCUGGGUUUGUUUGCCAACUAGUCUUGUUUUGUAUUUCUGCUAUUUGUCUAAGGAACACCUUCUUUCGCCACCACAAUAAGGAUUAAUUACAAAACACCAUCCGAACUAUGA